AUGUUUGAUUUCAAAAUUUUAGACAAACCAGCUGUCAUCUUUGACAAUGGAUCAGGAUUAUGCAAGGCUGGACUUGCUGGUGAUGAUACUCCAAGAUCAGUUAUUACCUCCAUUGUUGGCCAUUCCAAAGCAAAGUCAGCUAUGAUUGGAGGAAGUUAUCCUCAAUACUAUGUUGGAGAAGAGGCCCAGGUCAAAAGAGGAAUCUUAAAUUUGAACUAUCCAAUUGAACAUGGUAUAGUGACCUCUUGGGAUGACAUGGAAAAAAUCUGGAAAUAUAUGUAUGAUUGUGAACUUCAUUUGAAUUCAUCUGAAAGACCAGUGUUAUUGACAGAAGCUCCUCUGAAUCCACUAAAGAACCGAGAGAAGAUGGCUGAGAUAAUGUUUGAAAGCUUUAAUGUCCCUGCCAUGUAUGUGGAAGUGCAAGCUACUUUGGCGCUAUAUGCUACUGGCCGUACCACCGGCAUAGUUCUGGAUAGUGGAGAUGGUGUUACCCAUGCAGUGCCCAUAUAUGAAGGUUACUGCUUACCACAUGCAGUGUCUAGGAUUGAUAUUGCAGGCAGAGACAUCACAGAACAUCUUAUGAGGCUUCUUUUGGAAUGUGGACAUUCCUUUGUAACCACCGCAGAGAGAGAACUGGUAAAGGAUAUAAAGGAGAAGCUCUGCUAUGUUGCUCUGGAACCAAAAGUGGAGAUAAAAAGUAGAAAUGAAGAAAUUAUGAAAGAAUAUAAACUUCCUGAUGGAAAAAUAAUUACAGUAGGUAACCAACAAUUCCGUGCUGCAGAAAUACUCUUUACCCCAAGUAUUAUUGACCUGGAGAUCCCAGGGGUACAUAAAAUGAUCUUCGAUAGCAUAAUGAAAUGUGGCAUUGAUAUACGAAAGGAUCUGUACCGUAAUAUAAUUUUGUCAGGAGGUACCACUCUUUUGAAAGGAUUUGAUGAGAGGCUACUGAAAGAGAUGCAAACCCAAGUACCAACUGGCAUGCCGGUAACGAUAAUAGCACCGCCGGAAAGGAAAUAUAGCGUGUGGAUUGGUGCAUCCAUCCUUGCUUCCCUGAAAUCCUUCAGAAAUACGUGGAUCACAGUCGUGGCUUAUAAAGAACAAGGACCAUCUCUGUUUCACAAAAAUGCCUUUAAAAUGUCUCUUUUAUAA